AUGGGUGUGAAGGGAAAUUAUAAACUUGCUGUUAUAAAAACUACAGAGACAUAUGAUAAUCUGAGAGACAGCCUAGCAGACCUUCGAAUGGAAAUGUCAAACUUAAAGGAGAUAAGUGCAAAUAAUUGCACCUAUAAAAUUGAAUACUUUUUAGGUGGAGAUUUGAAAUUUUUAGCACUGGUAUGUGGUUUAGGCAGGGCAAAUGAGGAUUAUGCUUGUGUG